AUGACCAUGCCCUUGUGGGUGUUACUGGCCUCGCUGCUGUUGGUGGUAGGCAGAGGGGCCAGAGCGGAAAGUGUACAGCGAGGGUGUGGGGUGGAGCGUGUUCGCAUCUGUGGUGCGCACUGCGAGGCGGUCAGGUCGCUUCCGUGUGUGUUUGCAACCUGGUCCGACAUGCGCGCAGCUCUAGGACGCAAGCCUCUGCGCCACACGGUUAUUGAGUUUGGCCCUGGACUCCACUUUCUUAACAGCAGCAGUCUGGUACUGGGACUUGAUGAUGCCAACGUGAGCCUGGUGGGGGCAGGCCGGGAGGCUACUGUUGUCUCGGGUGGCGUGCUGCUAGACGAAUGGGUCGAUGCACCAGAGUGGCCCGGUUACUGGCAGGCCCGCCUCCCAGAUAAUGUUUCAUACGUACGUCAGCUCUUUGUAUACAACCAGACGAGAGCCGCAACACCUGGGCUUGCCUUUUCUCGUCGCUUCACCGCGCGGUCGGCUGAGAUGGUGUAUAACCACACGAACAUGAACGACCCCGAGCACUCCAUCGUGCUCUUUCCGGGCCAGUUCAAUGCUUCCUAUCACAAUCCCGGUGACGUGCUAGUCUCGAUCUAUCACUGUUGGACUCUGACGACGCAUCGAGUUCGUGCCUUUGAUCCCACCAACCUCACAUUGACUUUGCUUCAGGCUCCGCACGUGGAUAUUCCUCGCUGUGAGCAUGCGAGUGGAAAACGUUUCUAUGUUGAGGAUGCGCGCGAAUACCUGGCUCGCGUCCCCGGUCGUUUCUACGUCGAUCGUGAGGCGCGUAUGAUCUUGUAUCACCCUCUGCCUUUGGAAGCGUCGCAGCGCUCCAAGUUUCAAGCCGUGAUCGGUCAGAACAUCACCUUGUUGCGUGGGGCCGGUGCAAGCGGUGUGCGAAUAGCAAAUCUCAGCUUGAUGCAUGGACAAGUGGAUAUGCUGGGUUAUUUUGAAGGUGACUGCGACGCGCAGAGCGCCACUAAUCUCAAGAGCGCAGCCGUCGUAGUCAACAACGGCAGCGACUGGAACAUCACCAAUGUGGCCAUCGCCCACGUGGGAACUCAUGGACUCUGGCUCAACGCGAGCGUGAGCAACGUUCUCGUCCAGGGUCUUCAUACCUUUGACACGGCGGCAAGUGGUGUGCGCUUGGGUCACUAUUCGGCUCAUCCAGCAACGCGGGCCACGCAAGGAGUGAUUCUCGAGGAUUCCUUGCUAGAGACGGGGGGACAGGUUUAUGUCAUGGCCCCGGGCAUGUUGCUGGUGGCCUGCCGUGCGUGCCGGGUGGCUUACAACACAAUCCGAAACUUUUCCUAUUCUGGCAUUAGUACGGGAUAUGGGUUUAGCGAGGCGCCCGCCGACCUGGCUGACACGGUCCUGUACCGAAAUCAUCUGCACAGCCUGGGGCAGGGUGUUCUCAGCGACAUGGGGUGUGUUUACACCUGGGGUGGCGACCAAGCUGGACUUCGGGUGGAUGGCAACGUGUGUCACGACGUGGUCAACUUUGAUCCGGCCCUAGGUGGCUACGGUGGUUGGGGCAUUUAUACGGACCAGUCUUCUCGCAACGUGGUCAUUUGCAACAAUCUGGUGUACGAUACGGCGUCCAGCUGUGUGCACGAGCACGAAGCUACGGCGGUGUUGCUGUCCAACAAUAUACUGGUGCAAACAGGGCGGUGGGCUAACCCUGGCGCGGCUGCUUUGCGGGGUGCGCUCCCGGACCCCCGACGUGACAUCUGGGCCAACUUUACGCUUACCACCAACGUGCUAGUGUCCGAGGCUGGCAAUGCGAGCUCCUCAGGUCUCCUGUUUUAUGCUGCUGCGGACUGGGCCGUGGCGUACAACAGCAGUGCUUACGACUCCAACCUCUAUUUCGUGUCCGAGGCCAGUGGCCGUAACGCUUCAGCGCUUCGAGUGUUUCCAGGAGGGGUGACGUUGGCCACCUGGCAAGCUCAGGGUUACGACCGCCGUUCUCGUGAAGCUGAUCCUUUAUUUGCUGACCCAGCCGCCCGCAACUUUUCCUUGCUUCCGAACUCACCUGCGCUGGCACUCGGGUUCCAACCUGUGCCCUGGGAACUUGCUGGGUGCUCGUGGCCCUCUUGUUAA